ACUUCCUUCUCUGCAGCUUUAUAAACCCAGAGCUCCUGUGUCACAUCCUCACUGGUACUGAGCGAUCAAAACAGCCGCCAAGAUGAUGAUGCUGCAGAAACCACUGCUGCUGCUGGCUGCCCUGACUCUCUGCUGCUGCAUCACCUCCCUGCAAGCUUAUCGCAAGCGCGGGUGUCACUGCAUCCAGAUGACCACCAAACAAGUCCCUCGAUACUGCAUCAGGAAAAUUGAGGUGAUCCCUGUUUCGGGUCAAUGUCGCCAGACUGAAAUCCUGAUCACAAGGAGAAACGGCCACAGGGUGUGUGUGGACCCAGAAGAGAAGUGGGUCCUCGACCUGCUCACAAAACUGUACAGUGAAAACGAGACCUUGAGCAGAACCAACGCUUCAACCAACGCUUCUUCAAAACUCGAUGCCUGAUCACAUCCUGUGGUUUCGUGUGACUUGAGGGAUUAACUUCAGGAGAGUGGAUUCGUGGUCCAACUUAAAAAAAU